AUGUGUUAUACGGAUGAUAGUCAUCAUAGCAGAGAUCGAGAUGGGAGGCGAGUUAGGACUAACAACUACGGAUGCGGUGGCUCAAGUUUUGGGGAAACACGGCACAUUCCAUUCCAGCUCUGGAACCUUGCGAAGCUUCUGGCAACUCCUUCAGCUGCACCUGCAUUGUUUGGAGGCGUCCUGCUCGGGUAUGUGAUGUACGAUCUUACUGACUACUACCUUCAGCAUGCUAACCCAACUACAGCAGUGACCACAAACCUCAAGAAAUCCCAUUUGAACCAUCACUUCAGGAUUCAGGACAAGGGGUUUGGUGUAACUUCUUCGCUAUGGGACAUAGUGUUUGGUACCGUAAAUUAG